CCGGAUCCCAGUUCAGUUUAACGACAGGAACAAGAUGAGACGUGUUGCCUGCAGCAGACGUGAUAUAUUUGAUGUCUAAGCUUCACGAUGUGUUCAAUUCCCGGGCUUCCAGCACCAGGAACAGAAAUCUCUGUUCUCAUCACCAGGGUGAACCUGAAACCCAACUGUGGUCUUGUGGAAUUAUGGGUAAACAUGGAUGAUGAGAAGAAACACAUUUACGAGCAGAUGAGAGAGGAAAUUCAGACUCCUCACAGGAAGUUUUCUGGAUUAGAAGGGAAACCAGGGGAUCUCUGUCUGGUCUGCAUCAACGAAACCUGGCACAGAGCUCGGAUCGUAUCGAUUGAAAGUCAAACAUACAGUCUUUUUCUAAUUGAUCAGGGGCAGCCCCACAUUGCCACAAGUGCAGUUUUAGCAUGGGCUCAAAAUGACAGCUUUCUCCUGCCUCCUGAAAUCGAAUGUUGCAUACUUGCAAAUAUCUUGUCCCUUGAGAAAAAUUUCCCUCAUAGAGCUACAAAGUUUUUGAUGUCUCUGCCUGGGAAGAAGUUUAGGGGACUCGUUCAAUAUGUACUGAUGCCGGAUAGGACAAUUCUCCUUGACAUACCAGUUGUUUCGAAGCACAUGUGCAAGUCUAGAGUUGCAAAGAAGAUCCCAGUGGAGGAAUUUAAAAAUAUUGUACUGAAAUGUCUAAAUUUGCCCAAUGAUGAGUCUUCUGAGGCCUUUGAUGUAACACAGGAACAGAGCCUGAAUGUUAGCAGCCAAUUUGCUAAACAUAACCAAUACUUUUACCCAGAGCUGCUUACUGACAUUUUGGAAACGGUUUAUGUGACUGAGGUAAUUGAUCCAGAAAAUGUUUUUUGCCAGCUUGUUAUUCUUUCAAAAGCAGUGAAGAUAUUGUCUGAACAGAUCCAUCAACACUAUGAAGAGAGCUCUAGUUUUGGAGAGGAACUUCCGCAGAGCUGUGGGGAUCCAUGUGCUGCUAAAGGGACAGAUGGCAGAUGGUACCGCUCAUUACUAAAGCAAAACAUUGAGACCUGUGAUGGUGCUGUAAAAGUUUUUCAUGUGGAUGAAGGAAAAAAUGACUUGGUGCCUGUUGAAGACAUCAGGCCACUGGCUGGCAAAUUCCUGAGAAUGCCAGUUAUCACAUAUCGUUGUUCUCUAAAUGGAAUAAAAGAAAAUGGCAGAGAGUGGACUGCAGUGCAGACAGAUUUGUUGAAAUCACUCCUGCUGAACAAGACUGUGGUGGUGACGUUUGACCACUAUGAUGCGACUCAAGAUGUCUAUAAUGUUACACUCUAUGCAGCUAAUGCUACCUGUGUCAACAGUUCUUUUCUGGAGAAGGCAGACUUUAUUCCCCUCUCUAAGCUUGAGCAGGAUUUAAUUGUCCAGAAUGAAUCUCUUAACUCAUCCAUUCUCAGUUUACUUGAAGAUGAACAAUGCAUGAAUUUACAGAACAAAGUCCAUGUCAUUCCUGAUGGUAUACCGGAGGGAACUGCGCCAAGCUCCAAAAACAAAACGGUCAAUGGUGGACAAGAGUGUGCAUCUCCUUCUUGUAACGGUGACAUUUAUAUGAAAGCAAGCUCUGAACCUGCAGUAGAUUGCAAUGGGAAUACUGCAUCAAGUUUCUGCUCUGAGUUGCAAAGUGCUUGUCAUGACAGUGCAUUCACUGUAGGAAGUAGUGUCACUGUAAAGGUGUCUUGCAUUGAAAGCCUACAGAAGUUCUGGUGUCAAAUAACAGAAGAUGACGACUCCCUCAGAUGCCUUAUGCAAGAUCUGCAAAAUCACUAUUCAUCCGCCCGCUCUCAGCCACUUAUUCAGUCCAUCUGCGUUGCCCGUAAUCCAGAUGAUAACAUGUGGUACAGAGCAAGGAUCGUUGCUAAUAGCAAUUCACCUGUUGUAGACGUGAGAUUUAUAGACUAUGGUCAAAUUCAAAAGGUCCCUCUGCAAGAUGUGCACCCCAUUGAUCCAGCUUUCUUGCGGCUAAGUACUCAGGCUUUCCCAUGUUGCUUAUUCAGUCUGAAGAGUCCUACUUAUCCCGUUACCACUACUUGGAAUAGCGAUGCCUUAGCAGAGUUUCACAAGUUUGUGGAUUUAAGUGCGUCGACAGACAGUAGUUUGAAAUGCGUUGUAAAGGCAGUGGAAUCUGAUGAAGAAGGUCUGCUGCUUAAUAUGGUAGACAUUCAGACUGCAUUUGGUAGUGCACGUGAGCUUCUGGAUAAGAAAUGUGCACAGUCUGAGGCACAUCUGCAAUCUCCUCCACAAGUCACAUCUGAUGUGUACAAUUACUCCACAUAUAAUAUUGAGGUGGGUGGUAAAGAAAAUGUGUGGAUAACAUCUUCAGAGACUGUCAAUCACUUCUACUGCCAACUGGACAGGAAUGCUAAAUUGUUUGACAAAUUGAUGGAAAGUGUUGCACAACUCCUUAGUGAGCCACAGCGCUCAGAUCAGACUCUUGGACUCAGUAGCUUGUGCUUUGCAAGGUACACUGAUAAUGAGUGGAACAGAGGUCAAGUAGUAGAAAUAACUCCAAAGCACAAAGUGCACUUUGUGGACUAUGGGGAUACUCUUGUAGUCAGUGAAACUGAUAUCUGUCCCUUUCCCACUGAAGCGAGCGUGGCCAGGUCAUGUCCAGUGCAAGCUAUUCCCCUCGGACUGUUUGAUGUCCCUGCAGAAUUACCCCAGGAGGUCAACCAGUGGUUUGCAGAUCGUGCUGUUGGCCGUAGUUUCACCAUUUCCGUGGCAAAAGUGGAAAAUGGAAAGCUAAUUGUUGAACUGUAUGAUGGCUCAGUGAGUGUGAAUAUGAAAGUCAGAGAGAGGAUGGCUAAAACUAAACAAAACAAAAUGACCGAUGUCAAUCAGCAGACUGACCAGCACCACUUUAACAGCUUGAACAAAGGCUGUUCAGCACAAGAAUCAGUAUUGGUGGAGACAGCAGGACAAAAUGGAGUCCAUGGUAACGAUAGGAUGUCUGCUGCAGAUGAUUUAAAGGGGAGUUCAAAAUCCACAGCUAAUGUCGCUUCACCACGGAUUGAGCAUGCAACGGUUUUGGAUGAAGGAACAAAACCCAUAAUGCUUGUCACUCUUGAAGACAAAACUGUGGCAGAGACUUCUGUUCAGAUUUGCCACAGUGACUCAGACACACAGCACUCCAAUUCUUGCCUUGAGAAAAACUUGACCAUCUGCAUGUACAAUUGGCCAAAUAUUUCUCAAAAACGGAUUGAGGACGUGUACGCUUCCUGCAUUGUUGGACCACAUUAUUUCUGGUGUCAGUACAACACUGAAGAUCUCAACAUGAUAUCAAAGCUUGCUCAGGAAACUGGGCAAAUUCAAGACGCAGUUUUUCCUGAGGUACUGGUGCCUGGAAGUCCAUGCCUUGCUCUCUUUUCCAGUGACAACCAGUGGUACAGAGCUCAAGUAAUUCAAAAGACUAACAGUACUCUCGAUGUUCUAUUUAUUGACUAUGGAAAUGAGUCUGAAGUUAGCAUUAAAGAUGUGAGGUCAAUACCCCAGCAUCUGCUGGAGAUUCCUCCUCAGGCAUUUCUUUGCUUUCUAGAUGGCUUUGAGUGUGAAGGCUCCUGGGACGAUGACGUGUAUGAUGACUUCUACAAUCUUGUGGUUGAUAAGCCGCUCAAAUUGACAGUCAUUAAUAAGGAAAAGUAUUCAGAGAUGGCGGUUCCUCAAUAUGCAGUGAAUAUUGAAUGUGUUAAGAUGUUCAUCAGUAGCUUAGUGCAGGAAAACAGGAAAUCACUGUCAGGAGAAAAUUCAGAGAACCAGACUGAUCAAGCAGAAAGUUUCUCCCAAGGCAUUCAAACUGAGAACAACACAACUCAUUUUGAUGCUCCCAAAGGAAAUGACAAUCUUUGCAUGUACAAAGAGCCACAGCUUUCCCAAAUCGAUGCAGAGACUGUAUAUGCUUCUUGCAUUGGGGAUCCCUUUUACUUCUGGUGCCAGUAUGCCAACACAGAAGGUCUCCGUGAAGUGUCACAGCUUGUUCAGGAAGCAGGAGAGGCACAGAAGGACACGAUGCUCCAUGAGACUCCCCAUCCAGGGAGUCCAUGCCUCGCUCUAUAUUCCAGUGACAACCAAUGGUACAGAGCCCAAGUAAUUGAGAAAGCGGACAGCACACUGCAUGUUUUGUUCAUUGACUAUGGAAGCGAGUCCGAGAUUGACAUCAGGAACAUCAGAUCAUUAUCCCAGCCUCUGCUGGAAAAGGCUCCUCAGGCCUUUUUGUGCUGCUUAAAUGGAUUUAAGGAGUCCGAGGGCUCCUGGAAUGACUCAGUUUACGAUGACUUUUACACUCUUUUGAUUAAUAAACCACUUAAUCUCAGAGUAAUCAGCAUAGGAAACCACUCAAAGGUUGGUGUUCCUCAGUAUCAUGUUGAAAUUGAGUGUGAAGGAGUGGCUGUGAACACACUAAUGCAGAAAUACUGGAAUCCGGUUACAGAAGAAUGUGUUGAUGCUGAAAGCCAUCAAACAGAAAACCUCCCACAGGGUGGUCAGACUGAACCUGAUGUGAAACAAAUUUGCGUUGCAGAAGAAAAUGUUUUUAAAUGCAUGUACAAAGAGCCGCGACUUUCCCCCAACGAUACAGAGAUGGUAUAUGCAUCUUGUAUUGUGGGACCACAUUUCUUCUGGUGUCAAUAUGCCAACACAGAGGACCUCUGCAAAGUGUCGCAGCUUGCUCAGGAAGCAGGAGAGGCACAGCAGAAACUGUUCCCUGAGACUCCUGGUCCAGGCAGUCCAUGCCUCGCUCUGUAUUCCGAUGACAACCAAUGGUACAGAGCCCAGGUUAUUGAGAACGCUGAAACUUCACUGCAUGUUGUGUUCAUUGACUAUGGAAAUGAGUCUCAAGUUGACAUCGGUGAUAUAAGAUCACUGCCUCAGACUCUGUUGGAAAAGGCUCCUCAGGCCUUUUUGUGCUGCUUAAAUGGAUUUAAGGAGUCUGAGGAGUCUUGGGAUGACACAGUUUAUGAUGACUUUUUCAACCUUGUGAUUAAUAAACCACUCAGACUGACAGUAAUCAGCAUCGGAGACCACUCGGACAUCACUGUUCCUCAGUAUCACGUUAAAAUUGAGUGUGAGGGAGUGAAUGUGAACAAACAAAUGCACAAAUACUGGAAAGGAGUGGCCAGAGAUGGUGCCUUGGCAGAAAGUGUGGAAUCAGUAUACAAGGAUGAAACCAGUGCCAAGGACGAGAUUGACGAGGCUUAAAAGCUGUCAAGUGAUACGGCAAUCGCUCUGGGGAGCCAAAAUGUGUCUGAUACGUUGUUUCAAUAUGAAGUAACAAUUUGUCUUAUUACAUUUUUUAUUUUUAUAUUUGUCCCAAUAAAGUGUUUACAUAGA